AUGACUUGCUUCACUCCGAAUUCCGUUACUAUAACACUUAUCUUAAUCAUCAGGUUAUGGUGUGGCUUUGUUAACAGUACACCAAACACGACGAUUGAUAAAGAAGUAUGCAGUGGCGGAACGUACUUGGCCGGCGAUCCUUACACAAACAGUGUAGCUUAUGUUCUCGACGAAGUAAUGAUAAACACACCAUAUUCACCGGGAUACCAGUACGGUGUUUUUUCUCCUUUCCUUAAUUCUCCGGCACUCGGUUUCGGAGGUUGCGCUCAGUUCUUGUCUCCUUUGGAAUGCUCUUCUUGCAUGGUUGCUGCAUUCAAUGAAGUCUUGAAACGUUGUUGUGGUUACGUUUCGGGUGCAGUUAUCCUCACGGAUUGUUCGAUUGGAUACAAGGAUAUAGAACCAGACCUAUGA